AUGGAUUUGUUAGAAGGAGAUACGGAGAUAGAAGUAGAAGAAUCAGCAAUGAUUGUUGAUGGGAUUGGGUCGUUUGACACAAUUGAUUUUGUAGCCCUAACAGCGAAGGACAUCCUUAUGAUUGAGUUCAUAAAUUUGCAAGCCGCUUAUGACUACUACAAUGAAUACGGUCGCAUUAAGGGAUUCUCGGUGAUGAGGUCGAAGAAGGGGCGAAGAACAAAGCAUGGGUCGAAUGGGGAAAUCAUUUGGGGUCUAAUGUGGUCACACAGAUCAGUCAAGGAAGGUGAUUUACACCAAAUCAAUUCGACAAAGAAAGCUGACUUGCGAGUGCCAACGAUAUUCCACACUUUUGCCAAUGGGUCAGGGGGUUUCGAGACUAUUGGAUUCGAGAUAAAGGAUAUCUAUAAUGCAAUAGAGAAGCAAAGGUUUCAAAAUCUUUUUUGGUGCGAUGGCACAAAUCGUUAUGACUACAGUGUAUUCGGAGAUGUGCUGGGAUUUGAUGCAAUGUACGGUCAGAACAAAUACAAAUGCCCGUUGGUAAUAUUCUCAAGGGUGGACCAUCAUAUGAGGACAGUGGUAUUCGAUUACGCGAUUCUGAACAAUGAAAGUGAAGAUAGCUACGUGUGGUUGUUGAUGCCAUUUCUAGAGGCAAUGAAAGAAAAAUUGCCGAAGUCCGUCAUGACAGACGGGAAUCUUGCAAUGAAGAGUGCGGUUGGAACAGUUUUUUCCGGUGCACAUUAUAGGUUGUGCAGCUGA